CUGUUGAUGGAUUGAACAACAGUGGAGUCGAGUGACAGUCUUCCACCAUGACACCGGCUCCGGCUACCAAGCCCAAGCCGAAGGUUUUUAAUCCCUAUCGCAAGACAAAGCCAAGCAUCUCUGCCACUAUUGCUAGUGAAGCCGUCAAAGGAAACGGCGUUCUAAAGAAUGGAGUAGUAAAGAAAAAUGGAGCAUCUUCCACGAAGAAAGAGGUUGCCACAACUACAGCCGUCCAACAACAACAUCAUCGACAACAACAACAGGUGGAUAAGGUUGAUGCCGUUCCUCCCAAACCAAAAAUGUCCCAGAAGAGUGUUCCCUCUGACAAGUCCCUGCAGCCAAAAGUCUCAGCGUCAUCAUCACUAUCCUCUGUUAUUCCCCACAAGAAGAAAUCCAAAUCAUUAAAAUCCAAGCUCAAGCAAGAAAUUGAGAACAUUCGACGUGCCACUCUCUUGGAGAAACAGCGAAAGCAGCUCCGAAAGGAACAGAAAGCCUUGGAAAAGAAACAACGAGAGCAAGAGCGACUCCAGGCGAUCGAGGCAGAAAAGCGACGCAAGCAACAGCUACAGGAUGAAGAAAGGAGGCGACGUCUCAUGGAAGAACAGGAGAAAUUGCAGCAGGAACGACUCCGGUUGCAGCUCGAACGUCAGCAAAAGAAACAACAAGAGGAAGAAGAACAGAGAAGGAGACAAAACGAAGAAUGGGAAAAGCGCCGCGCGGACCAGCUCAUGGACUUGGUUCGGAAAGGAUGGGUUCCUUGGCAGGGCGGCAAUGGAUACCCCAUGGCAAACAUCAGUGCAAUGCCGCCGUCUACCACCGGUGUUCCCUCGCAGCCCUAUUUCAUUGCACAACAAUACCAGGCUCACAUGCAACAGCAACAGCCUCACAUUCCGAUGGAGCCAAUCUACAAUCCCACCAACGCUGCAGCGCGUCCAGUCCAACCAAUUUCAAGCACUCUGGGUGGAACGACGAAUACCGGCAAUCUUAUUGGCAUGGGACAGGCAUAUCCAUCGUCAGUUCAUUCCAAUCCUACCGCAGCCAGUACUGCCGAGAUGAUAUUAUCCAAGCCGAGUGAUCCGCCGCCAGCUUCUUCAAGCCCAAUUGCCACCGCUGCUCCCUUGCCCAGAGGACGACAAGCCACGCAGAAUCAAACACCUCCCAAGGUAUCAUUGCAAGAUAUUGGUGCGGCUCAGAGCGAUGGUAACACGGGCGGACUUGUGACGACGCACCCAUCGAGAUCGAGUCCAAUGGAAACGAUGAGUGGCACCGAAAAGGAGAAGGCUACUAGCAGCCUAGUCCCAGCACAACCAUCCCUCGUAACUCCUCAAGUCAAAUUGAACAAGGACGAGUUGAAGACUGCUGUAGGUACUACCGAGGAAGGACCCUCUGGAAAGGUACUGGGACAACCAAAGGAUAUGGCAGCACCGUCGCCACUGGCAGACAGCUCCAAGACGGUAAUCUCAUCCGUCCGGGACGAGACCAGCGGUGGUCAUCUUCAUAGCAUCACGCCAAACAAGGUGCUCUCACAUUCGGAACCAUCCAAGGCAGCGGCACAAGGGGAAAUUUCGCCCACCUCUCAUUGCAAUGUGGCAAACAACGUCGUUGGAGCCAACAGCAUUGCCUCGUCGAGUGAUGCCGUGUUGAAGGAAGCAACCGCUACGAAUCCGCCCAAUGCAGCGGUACAAAGGCGACCACCGAUUGUCUCGAGUUGCAACUUGGAUAAGACAAGCACUGUUGGGGCUUCGCCGACCGAUCAAGUGUUGAAGGAAGCACUCGUAGCUUACGCUGAACAGCACAAAGCGCAAUCGAAUGUUCCAACAGCUGCCAACAAUCUUGUCGUUGCCUCAACGGUUCAGACGGUUCAGUCCGGGAAAGGGGGGCAGCAAGAUGCCAUGGGGCCAUCCAAUGACAGCAGUUGCUUUGAUGCUCAGGUGCCAACAGCCCACAUAUCAAACAGUAUGCAACAGUAUAUUGCUCGCCUUACAGCGGAAAAGCCACGCCAAAUCACAAGCGCAACUGGCAAUGAAUUGAUGGUUUCAUCUGAUACGGUCGCGUCCUCCCACCACGUGGCCGUACCUGCAGCUUUGCCCCAGGUCCACAUUGCAAACAAUGCGCACAUGACGGCCCCAACCUCUCACCACGGGCUUGCUCCUCACUUUCCAACCAUUGAGCCUUCGAGUCGUUUUGCUACGCCUGCAGCUCCUGCUCCUGCCCAGUGGUUUCCACCAGUUCCAGGAAGCUACCAUGGCACACCAUAUCAUCUCUCGACGAAUCCUUACGCGCUUUCUGGACACAGCUACUCGCACUACCCUGCGUACGCGUAUUAUCCAUAUCCAGGUCUGCAAAUGCCAUUGACUGCUCAACCAUAUGGAAGGACCCCGAAACCUCGAAAACCAAGAGCCCCCAAACCACCGGUUAUUGAACGAUUGGCAUGGAAGCCAGUUGAUUUCCCCUCGCCCUACGAACGUGCUUACGAAGUCUUGACGCACUCGUUUGUCGUUGUCAAGAAGCCUGGCGAGUCCUUUGGUAUCAACCUACGCGAGGAAAAGCAAAGUGCACUCGUCGAUCCUGACUGGUUGAUAAAAAGUGAUGCCGCUCUCAAGAAACCGACCAUCCCCGUGAACGCCAAUCUUUCAGAAUCUACAAUCGCUUCAUCCGAGACAGAGAAGCCUAAAACUUGUGAGGAUGGGGGGAAUCAAGGAACUGCUGCUGUCAACACGAACGAAGUGAAGGAAGGAGUGAGCGCAGCUGUUCCUUCCACGGCUGUUGUUCAAGACGAAGCGCCAUGCAAUGCCACCAAAGACCAAGUGGUGGUGGCCAAAUCUGAAGGCGCCACGGCGUCAACGACCCCUUCGGGGGACAAUCAGGCGGCUGCCGCCCCGCAGAAGCCGAAGCGCAAGCGGAGAAAACGUGUCUUCUUCGCCGUUAUGAUGGUGGUUGAUGCCUCGAUGCAAAACAAGAAAAACGUCAGUGCCAUGCAUUUGCAACCUGGAGACAUUGUGCUAUCUAUCAAUGGUGAAGCAACCGGUGGACAAACUUUCAAAGAGGCUUGCACUUUGUUUACUCAAGGUUGUGUUGAAUGCAACAGCGAAAACGGUGAAAAAGUCAUUCAGUGCAAGCUGGCAAUCGCUCGAAAGAAACCUGAACCGAGACCUCCGCCACCGCUCUCGGUUCCCUCGGUGAACUUACCAAAGCCCACUGUAGGCUUGCCAAACCCAAUCAGCAAUAUUCUGAAUACCACCCAAAUUCCGAAACCGGCUGCACCUCUGGACGUCAACGCAUUCUCAGAAAUCCUGAGCAAGGCCAGUCUCGAUUCUCGGCGUGUUCUAGGGGCUUCGAUCCCAGAUGACCUUCUUCGCUCGCUUGUUGCGUGCUCCCCUAAACUUGUUGGCUACGACCUUUUGUCUUUGAAGGGAGCGUGGACGAUCGUUACCAGCAAACUUGAAACAUCUAUGAAAAUGGGAGCAGAAAACUUUUGGAAGGCUCAAUGGGAAAAGGAAAGGGAGUUGGCAAACACCGUCGCAACUCCUGUAACUGACGCCAUGAGAGCCAGAAUGCGUGCGGCGCCACGCCCCACCAAAGGAUGCAAGUGUGGCAGCCAGGACCACGAGUACGUCAAUGACCCGCAAUGUCCUCUCUACAAGGACGUCCUUCCGCUUUCCAGUCGCGUGCGUGAUGCUUCUUCCGAGCAGCCAAAGGCUACAGCGAAUGGUCUGGACCGGCCUUUGAAUAAAGUUGAGACGGCUCUCAAAGACCGAUUCCUCAAGCUCAAGUCCGAAGAGAAGGCACAAGAGGAAGAAGCGAAGUUUGUCUUGGAGAUGGAGCAGAUUCAGGUGCAUCAAAUGGGAAAGGCUGUCUUUUCUCCGAGCCUUACGGCCAUGGUGCUCUCCGUUGUUUUCGAAUUGCAGAGCUCCUUCCCGUUGGAGAAUGACACUGUGUGCACUGAAGUGACCGCGGAGCCAACCAACGAUGUCGACGAAGAGGAAGAUGAAGAAGAUGUCCCAUUGGCUGCUCUCGGAGGGAAACGGCGGGCUUUGCCUACGGAAUCUGCAUCCAGUAAGCGGCACAAGGAAGAUGUAUGUAUCAAGAAGCUGUUCCUGGCUAAGUUACUGUUGCAGAUUAGCAAAACCUGGGGUCAUCUCUAUCGAGAGACGGAAGAUGUUGAUUAUGCAUGGCGCUGGGAAGUCUAUCAUGGCCAAACGGACACGGAAGGUGGCAAAUGGGAGCCACACUCCAAGAAUCCUCGCAAGGUUGGGUCGUUGUCAUUCGAAAACAUACGAUUCAUGUUGACGGAUGAGUUCCUGGGUAAGCUCCACGGCAGUCAAACUGCCGAGGCAACGAUGGAGUACUUGGUCUCCACCGAACGAACAGGAGUCCACGACGAACUUCUAGCCUUGGUGAGAACGGGCAUCUUGUCUAUGCAAGGCGGAGUACCUAGACCAUCACCGGCUUGGUACACGAUGGUGGACCUCAAUCUACUGAACGAGAUGCACGGCACUUGGUCGCCUGCAGCGGACGAGUUCGGGAAGUAUUCUGUUUCCAACAAGAUGAGGAAGAAGCUGUAUGACAAGUGGGUGGUUUCGGAAUACGGCUGGGCCCUCAAGACGGAUCCCUCUGACAUUGUCUACGAAUUCGAAGAGUGGGAAGAAUGGCGUCAAACGUUCGAAGACAAACAAGAGGCUCGUUCGGACAAUGUUCACGGCAUUGGAAGAUUUGGUCUUUAGGUUAGGCAGCUGCUUUCUUGAGAGACAAACCUGAUUGUUUGUCGUCAGAAAAGCAAGCCUGAAUACCUCUUGCUUGGCGCUUAGUACGCUUCUAGCUAGUAGCUAGUUAGUAGUAGAAAGUAGAUUCGAUUCAACUUGAACCGUAGUUCCUGGACUGAGGCACGUACAUAUCUAUGAUAUCUGGCUGUACCUUUCUCCACAGCCAUCCAUCAGCAGUUAGUUCGCUCAUUACGUCCAAUGCAAUUCCACAGCACCUUCGAUCUUGCUUGCGAAUUCAAUACUAUACCCCAUCCUAAAACACUGACAGAGUGGCUGGAAGCCACAGAUUAGAUGACAGCGACUACCUGGUAACUAACUACAUGUAGAUCUACCGCUACUAGCUAGCUAGUACCACCGACUCCGCAACGUUGUUGGCCUCCAACUGGAGGAAGUUGGUGAGGCCGGGAGUUGAAAAGAUGACUGGUGGCUAAUAAUGCUUCGCCGGCUCCAUGCUUCUUCG